GCAAACUUGGGCGCGCGCUCGCGCUACGGCCGCCGGAGCGAUGAAGAUGGUCGCGCCCUGGACGCGGUUCUACUCCAACAGCUGCUGCCUGUGCUGCCAUGUCCGCACCGGCACCAUCCUGCUCGGCGUCUGGUACCUGGUCAUCAACGCUGUGGUGCUGCUGGUUCUGCUGAGCGCCCUGGUGGACCCGGACCAGUACCACUUCUCAAGUUCUGAGCUGGGAGGCGACUUUGAGUUCAUGGAUGAUGCCAACAUGUGCAUUGCGAUCGCAAUUUCUCUUCUCAUGAUCCUAAUAUGUGCCAUGGCCACUUACGGAGCGUACAAGCAACGUGCUGCCUGGAUCAUCCCGUUCUUCUGUUACCAGAUCUUUGAUUUCGCCCUCAACACCUUGGUUGCCGUCACUGUGCUGGUUUAUCCAAACUCCAUUCAGGAAUACAUACGACAGCUGCCUCCGAAUUUUCCCUACAGAGAUGAUAUCAUGUCCGUGAAUCCUACCUGUUUGGUCCUUAUUAUUCUUCUGUUCAUCAGCAUUAUCUUGACUUUCAAGGGUUACUUGAUUAGCUGUGUCUGGAACUGCUACCGGUAUAUCAAUGGCAGGAACUCCUCUGAUGUCCUGGUUUAUGUUACCAGCAAUGACACUACGGUGCUGUUACCGCCUUGCGAUGACGCCGCUGUGAAUGGGGCUGCCAAGGAGCCGCCGCCCCCUUACGUCUCUGCCUGAGCCAGCGAGCGGGGCGGGACUGAGCACAGCGACUUCAGUUCCGGACGUCGGAGCAAUAGUCCUUUUUUUCACUUCUGGGAUGAGCUCUCUGAGCUUCGUUGUUGCUGAAAUGCUCCAGUUUUAAAAUGUAGACGUUAAGUGAAACCCUCCUUAGUUUUAAGCAUAAGCUGUGGCUAGAGCAUGGUGAUGGACUCAGUGUAGA